GGAAGCUUGUUGUACAUCACUAGAUAUCUGGUAUAAUUUUUCUUGUUCAAAAUGCAUGAAGCACAAAAGGUGAUACGUAUGGUUUUAUCUGCUGAUCAUCCCUAGUAUUUUGAUCAGGAUCUCAAAUCUCUGUGACAAUGCAGCGGAUCUUAGCUACAUUGUGAUGGAUUGUUGACGGAACACAUUAACAUCUGCAAGCAGCUUCCGUGGAGGUUUUUCUCUUGAAGAAAUGACAAGCCUUCUGCUUUGCCUUUCUGACCUAUAUAUAGGUCAUGUGGUUAAUGGCAUGAAAUAGUAACUUAUCCGUUAUUGUGUUGGUAUAUAUUUAUCCGUUAUUCUUUUCCAUUUGUUUGUGCUCAUCCUGUAGUCUGCAAAUCAUUGUAUGAUCAGUGGGUUUUACAUUGCUUGUUCAAAGCUCAGCACUUCACUCUCCCAAAACACUUAUCACAAAGGGGUUGGCAAAAUUUUGUGGUGGUCUAAUCAUCCCUCUUCUCUCAAUAUGGUUUCUUUGCCUUCGUUUGUGAUUUUUGAGUAUACAGCCGUGGUAGGGAUUUUUCCAAGCAUUAAUACUGUAUUGGUCGGAGCAAGGCUGAUAUGAAGACUUUUCUCAAUAUGGUGUGCAGCUUAUGUUAUAUAAAGAUCAUUGUUCAGCAUCUACGACAUUCUUCGGUGAAGCCUGGAUCACGUGCUUUGUUUCGAGGGCAUGUCAUGCUUCUGUGCUAUGACAAUAGACUGUUUAGUCGAUCAUUACAUGGAAAUCUUCUUGUAUGGCAGUACUUGGGAAGCAAACCACAAGCGUCGGACCUCGUCUUCCUCUUCAUCGUCAGCUUGGCUGCCAUGGCUGCUUUCCACAAAUUAUAUCCCCUGGGGAUCGGAGAGACUGAUUCCGUCGUUGACCUCCAGCAAACGUUGCAGAGGGAUCCUCACUUGUUGGCUCUAUAUACAUAUGAAGAAUAUUCUUCUUCUCUCGCGAUGGCAGAAGAAGAGGAAGCAGCAAGCUUCAAGCUUUUCGGAACGGUGAUUCUGAAGGGGGAAAGACAGGUCAAGGAGGAAGAGGAUGCCGCGCAGGUGGCGUCGGGGCCGGGUGGGGCGGCUGAGGCGGCGGCGAGGGUGGCGGCGGCUCUGCCGUGCCCGAGGUGCAAGAGCAGGGAGACCAAGUUCUGCUACUUCAACAACUACAACGUGAACCAGCCGCGGCACUUCUGCAGGGCCUGCCACCGCUACUGGACCGCCGGCGGCGCCCUCCGCAACGUCCCCGUCGGCGCCGGCCGCCGGAGAGGCCGCCCCGCCCACCGUGGCGUCGGCGUCAGCAGCGGCGGCGGCGUGCUGGAGCGCCCGCCGCGGGAGCGUUUGGGCGGGGAAGCAGCGGAGCAGUGGCUCCUGAGGCCGCAGGCUCCGGCGAGGGUUGACCCAGGCUUCGACAGCGGGGGGCUUCGUUGACUUUCUUUCUAUGCGAUUACAGCGUGCUCCUCGCACGGGAAAAAGGAGACAGGUGAUUACAGUGUCGAGUGUCUUCUGCAACCCAGGGAAUCAUCACGAUUAGCUCCUUCUCUCAACUACAUCCAGCGCAUCCUGAAUAGCUUGGACGAAUGUAGCAACUUUGUAGGUGAAAAACCCAACGAGCAUCGGUAUCAACUCCAAGUGCAUGAAGCCAUAAUCUGGUACUAAUAUCCUGUUUUAUAAAGAACGAAUCACAAUAACUGCUAUUGCAGAUAACUCAAAUUUUACUAAAAAGAAAACCCCAUGAAUGAA